CCCGCCCCGCGCUCCCCAAAGCCCCGCCCCGGAAGUGCUCACCACUCCUCACUUCCGCUGGGGCCGGGGGCAGCGGGCGGCGCGGCGGGCAGGGUACGCGGCGGCACCAUGACGGACUCCAAGUACUUCACCACCACCAAGAAGGGGGAGAUCUUCGAGCUGAAGGCAGAGCUGAACAGCGACAAGAAGGAGAAGAAGAAGGAGGCAGUGAAGAAGGUGAUCGCCUCCAUGACUGUUGGCAAGGACGUCAGCGCUCUCUUCCCGGAUGUGGUGAACUGCAUGCAGACGGACAACCUGGAGCUGAAGAAGCUGGUCUACCUCUACCUGAUGAACUACGCCAAGAGCCAGCCCGACAUGGCCAUCAUGGCCGUCAACACCUUUGUGAAGGACUGUGAGGACCCAAACCCACUGAUCCGUGCCCUGGCCGUGCGGACCAUGGGCUGCAUCCGCGUGGACAAGAUAACGGAGUAUCUCUGUGAGCCCCUGCGCAAGUGCCUGAAGGAUGAGGACCCAUACGUGCGCAAGACGGCGGCUGUCUGCGUGGCCAAGCUCCAUGACAUCAAUGCCCAGCUGGUGGAGGACCAGGGCUUCCUGGACACUCUCAAGGACCUCAUCUCAGACUCCAACCCCAUGGUAGUGGCUAACGCGGUAGCAGCGCUGUCGGAGAUCGCGGAGUCGCACCCGAGCAGUAACCUGCUGGACCUCAACCCCCAGUCCAUCAACAAGCUGCUCACUGCCCUGAACGAGUGCACCGAGUGGGGACAGAUCUUCAUCCUGGACUGCCUGGCCAACUACAUGCCCAAGGAUGACCGGGAGGCCCAGAGCAUCUGCGAGCGGGUGACGCCCCGGCUGUCCCACGCCAACUCUGCAGUGGUGCUCUCGGCGGUGAAGGUGCUGAUGAAGUUCAUGGAGAUGCUGUCCAAGGACCUGGAUUACUACGGUACGCUGCUGAAGAAGCUGGCCCCGCCGCUCGUCACCCUGCUGUCUGCUGAGCCCGAGCUGCAGUAUGUGGCUCUGCGCAACAUCAACCUCAUCGUGCAGAAGAGACCCGAAAUCCUGAAGCAUGAGAUGAAGGUGUUCUUUGUCAAGUACAAUGACCCCAUCUACGUCAAGCUGGAGAAGUUGGACAUCAUGAUCCGCCUGGCUUCCCAAGCCAACAUUGCACAGGUGCUGGCUGAGCUGAAGGAAUAUGCCACGGAGGUGGACGUGGACUUUGUGAGGAAGGCAGUCCGAGCCAUCGGCCGCUGCGCCAUCAAGGUGGAGCAAUCAGCAGAGCGCUGUGUCAGCACCCUGCUGGACCUCAUCCAGACCAAGGUCAACUACGUGGUGCAGGAGGCCAUCGUCGUCAUUAAGGACAUCUUCCGCAAGUACCCCAACAAGUAUGAGAGCGUCAUUGCCACCCUGUGCGAGAACCUGGACUCCCUGGAUGAGCCUGAGGCACGGGCUGCCAUGAUCUGGAUCGUGGGCGAGUACGCUGAGCGCAUUGACAAUGCUGAUGAGCUGCUGGAGAGCUUCCUGGAGGGCUUCCACGAUGAGAGCACCCAGGUCCAGCUGCAGCUGCUGACAGCCAUCGUGAAGCUCUUCCUGAAGAAGCCCACCGAGACCCAGGAGCUGGUGCAGCAGGUGCUGAGCCUGGCCACACAGGACUCUGACAACCCUGACCUGCGGGACCGUGGUUACAUCUACUGGCGCCUGCUGUCCACUGACCCCGUGGCUGCCAAGGAGGUGGUGCUGGCGGAGAAGCCGCUCAUCUCGGAGGAGACAGACCUGAUCGAGCCCACGCUGCUGGACGAGCUCAUCUGCUACAUCGGGACGCUGGCCUCUGUCUAUCACAAGCCGCCCAGCGCCUUCGUGGAGGGGAGCAGAGGGGUUGUGCACAAGAGCUUGCCCCCGCGAACAGGCUCGAGUGAGAGUGCCGAGAGCCCCGAGGCAGCCCCCUCGGCUGGGCAGGCAGCGGAGCAGCCAGCUGUCAUCCCCGCGCAAGGCGACCUGCUGGGUGACCUGCUGAACCUGGACCUGGGCCCCCCAGUCAGCGGGCCCCCCCUGGCUGCCUCUUCUGUGCAGAUGGGAGCUGUGGACCUCCUGGGAGGGGGCCUGGAUAGCCUGCUGCGCAGUGAUGUGGGAGGCAGCCCCGCUAUGGGUGGCGGUGGUGGCUUCACAGCGCCCGGCCCCACAGCGCCGACUGGUAUGGGAGCACCCCUCGGCAGUGGGCUGGGGGACCUCUUUGACCUCACCGGGGGAGUGGGCACUCUGUCGGGGUCCUACGUGGCGCCCAAGACGGUGUGGCUCCCUGCCAUGAAGGCCAAGGGGCUGGAGAUCUCUGGCACCUUCAGCCGGCAGGUGGGCUCCAUCUGCAUGGACCUGGUGCUGACCAACAAGGCCCUGCAGGUCAUGUCUGACUUUGCAAUCCAGUUCAACCGCAACAGCUUUGGCCUGGCCCCUGCUGCCCCUCUCCAGGUGCACGCACCCCUUGCCCCCAACCAGUCGGUGGAGAUCUCCCUCCCACUGAACACGGUGGGCUCUGUCAUGAAGAUGGAUCCCCUCAACAACCUGCAGGUUGCGGUGAAGAACAACAUUGACGUCUUCUACUUCAGCACCCUCUACCCUCUGCACAUCCUCUUUGUGGAGGAUGGGAAGAUGGAGCGGCAGAUGUUCCUCGCCACCUGGAAGGACAUUCCCAACGAAAAUGAGGCCCAGUUCCAGAUCAAGGACUGUUCCCUCAAUGCAGAUGGUGUCAGCAGCAAGCUCCAAGGCAGCAACAUCUUCACCAUCGCCAAGAGGAAUGUGGAAGGCCAGGACAUGCUCUACCAGUCUCUGAAGCUCACCAAUGGCAUCUGGGUGUUGGCGGAGCUCCGCAUCCAGCCCAGCAACCCCAGCUUCACGGAUUUGGAGCUGUCGCUAAAAUGCCGGGCGCCCGAGGUCUCCCAGUACAUCUACCAGGCCUACGAUGCCAUCCUGAAGAACUGAUGGUGGGGCAGGAGCUGCCUGCAUGUUCCCUCUCUUUCUACCCUGAGCACGGAGCCGUCACUUCCCAGGAGGGUGGAGGAGGAGGAUGGGGCUGUCCCAGCCCCAUGUUCCAGCCCCUAGGUGACUGUGCUCUGUCCUCCCCGUUGGCUGUUCCGGGAGGGAGCCCAGUUGUGUCCCUGCUCCCUCCCCAGCUCUGCUUCCUCCUGUCCCCCCUGGGGGAUCUGGAUCCAUUGCUCCUCGUGCUGGGGGUCCCCUCCCUGGGCUGGCUCAGAGCCUGAUGGGGGCUGGCUGGGGCCCCGAGAGCUUGGGCUCCGUCACAGAGAAGGUCCCCCCCACAUGGCUGAUGCUCCCGAUGCUCUCAAGGCCUCGAAUUCAAAUCUUUACCCAUGUGCCCUGUACAAAAAGGGCUUUUCCCCUCCCCUGUGGGGCUCUUCCUCUUUGCAGGGGGUACCAGCACGGACUUACCCCAAGGCCCCAAAGCAGCUCCCUCCCUUCCCCCUUCUUAGUCGGAGGGGCCCUUCCCCCUUUCCUGGUGGUGACAUACAUUGUCCACCCUGCCCCAAAAUAAAGCCAUCCAUCACUCGUCAAUAGAAGCGUCCGGUUCAAGUUUUCAGACCCCAUCAUGAAAUACCUUAAAAAAAUAUAUAAAAUAUAAAUAUAUUCUAUGUUCACUUGUUUUAAGCCAGCCUGGAAUAAAGGUGACAUUUGCCCACAGA